AUGUGGAUUAUCUCAUUUUGGGUCUUCCCUCUUAUAUCGGCGUGCAUGUGGGUUGCCAUGCUCAUCACCAUGCUCUGUGUCUGGGCCAGGGACGGGAAACCAAUUUACCCCAGCAUGGAAAAGGGCCAGACUAUUGCGUAUAUCUCAGACGUAGGCGCAUACGGACUAAAACCGCUGUUCAUCACGGGCAGCGUCAUUACCGUCGUGUUUCUUGAUCUGGCAUUCUUAUCAGAGCGCUGGUUGCGCCAUGCCGGCCAAUUAGUCCCGAAUAAGGGCCUUUGGGACAAAUUAUGUGCCAUUGCGUCGAUCAUCUUCGCAAUUGCCGGUGCAGCGGGUCUAAUUCUCUUGUCCAUCUUCGAUACGUAUCACCACCCACACAUGCACGACGGGUUCCUGGUGAUGUUCAUUGGCGGAUACAUCAUCAGCGCAGUCCUCAUCUGCGCCGAAUACCUGCGUCUAGGUAUAUUCUACCGCCGCCAACACCGCGUCCUCCUGGCCAGCUUCAUCGUCAAAGUGACAUUCGCCAUCAUCGAAAUCGGCCUCGCAAUCGGCUUCGGCAUCUGCACGAAGAGCAGCGAUAAAUCGAAAAAGAACGUCGGCGCUAUCCUCGAGUGGGUCAUUGCGUUCGUUUUCACCGGCUACGUCCUCUCUUUUGUGGUCGAUUUGUUACCGUCCGUUCGGACGCGCACACAUGUUCCCCAGGGUGAGAAACAUGCUAGUAUGAUGACCACCCCGCAUGGUAGCGGGGAAUUCGAGUCGGGGGCAUCGAUUGAGGAGCCGUUGACGACGGAUUCGAUGGGGCCGAGCUAUUACCGCGGCCAGCGCGUUUGA